AAUCCUUCGCACUUUGCUGGUGGUGUCAGCAUUAAUCAGCUUGAACGAGAGCCAAAGCCAGGCUCCGGGCCUGGGGGUCGACCCUUUGGCACGGGAGGUGCUGCGCCUAUUGGAGGUCUUUUCGCUAAUGGCUUGCCAUCUAAACCCAGUGAUAACAAGAUUCGUCGGGCUCAUACUACUGCAAUCACACCCAUAGCUCCACCGCCACCACAUAUAUCUAAACAGGCUUCUGAAGUCUCGACUCGGCCGUCGCCUUCAAAUCAUGUCGCUGCUCCACCUGCGCCUCCGAAACCUUCGGAGUUGCUUACAGCUAACAAGCCGUCGCCACCACCUCCCCCUGUACAGAGCAAAAAUAUUGCUUCUGGCACAAAUAACCGUGAACAGUUUAAAACCAUGCGGCCAUUUAAGCCAGAAAUGAACUACUCAAAUUCCAAAAUGAGACGGAGUGGCAGCUCAGAGGAUGUUUCUUCGCGUGAAUCUACUCCUGCUCGUGCUCCGCUCGCUCGUCCAUCGUUUCAUCCCCCAGCAAGACCAACUGCUCCUCCACCUCCGCCACCUAUCGUGCGCACAAAUGGCUUUAAUCCACCAGAUCCACCUCCGACACCGUCUGUAGGACCUGUUACAUCCGGCCUUACCAGC